CCAACCCGUUGCUCUUUGCGCCGCCACUUUUCGAGAUACGCGAGGAGGCUCCUCCCCGCACCGGAGUCGGAAGGGCUCGGGGCUUUCUCCGGAGGGAGCUGCUACGGCCCUAAGAAGACUCUCUGUAGCGCUAUGGCGGAGCCCUUUGGGCACUGCGCUUGUCCGUACAGGAACACCUUCGAGGAAGCAAAGGAAAAUGUGCACCCAAGGAAUUUGAUUCCAGAACUUUGUCGGCAAUUUUAUCAUUUAGGAUGGGUUACAGGAACUGGUGGUGGAAUCAGCAUGAAACAUGGCAAUGAAAUAUAUAUUGCUCCGUCUGGUGUCCAAAAAGAAAGAAUACAGCCUGAAGACAUGUUUGUGUGUGAUAUUGAGGAAAAAGUCAUUAGUGGCCCUCCAACCCAGAAGAAUCUCAAGAAGAGUCAAUGUACACCUCUGUUCAUGAAUGCUUACAUCAUGAGAGGAGCAGGAGCAGUGAUUCAUACUCAUUCCAAAGCUGCUGUAAUGGCCACACUUUUGUAUCCAGGAAAAGAGUUUAAAAUCACUCAUCAGGAGAUGAUCAAAGGAAUCAGGAAAUGUUCUACAGGGGGAUAUUUCAGGUACGAUGACAUGCUAGUAGUCCCUAUUGUUGAGAAUACACCUGAAGAGAAGGACUUGAAGGGGAGAAUGGCACAUGCAAUGAACACAUAUCCAGACACUUGUGCUGUGCUGGUCAGGCGUCAUGGUGUUUAUGUUUGGGGUGAAACAUGGGAAAAAGCCAAGACAAUGUGUGAAUGUUACGACUACCUUUUUGACAUUGCAGUACAAAUGAAACAGCAUGGAAUUGAUCCUUCUAUAAUUCCUAGUGGAGAAAAUGGAAUUGUUUAGCAAGUUUUUCCCUAAAAACUACCUUUCAGUACAAUAUUACUGGAUUUCUAGGACAUGUCUGAUUAUUGAACACUAACCAUUCAACAUUGUUUAUUAAAAGUCUGAAGGAUACCCAAUUUAAUUUCUAUUCCUCAUGUAGAUAUUGAAUUAUAUUCCUUUACCCCUCAAUUUAUGUGAUAAUUCGUUUGUUUUAGGAUCUUUCUUUGUAAUUCAUAUUCUAGUGUUGAACAAUACAUCAUUUAAACAAGGUGGCCUUACAACUUUUAAAUUCAGAGUUUCUUUUUUUUUCCUUUUUUUUUUAUAGAAGAAGCACAUCAUGGGAUCCAACAGGGGAAAUGUUUAAAACAAUUUCAUAUAGGUGUAGAAAGACUACCAUGAAUAAAAGUAUGCCAAAAUAAGAUAUUAGCUUUUACUUUUGAAAAAUGACACUUUAAGAAAGUGAGCAGAUUUGUCUUACAUGCUGUUUUCUUUGGAUAAUUCAAAAUAUAUGUCAGCACAGAAAUCAUUUCCACAUUUUAGGUAUUUGAAAAGAAAUGAGAGCAGCCUGAAAAAAAAAUGGUAUGCAGAAAUGAAUGGUGUAUUUAUUUUAUCAAAAUGUUUUAGAGGGUGUCAAUGUAGUUAAUAACAUUUUAAAAGUUCCAUAUGUCACCUUAUAAUUUGAUAUGUUAAGAAAAAGUAAAAUGGGAAUAUAUUGCUGUAAUUUACCCUUCAGCGUUAUUUACUCUGUGGGGAUAAGAGGGAUGCCAGCAUAAAGUUUGAAAGGCAGAGUUGAAUCUUGCCAUACAUGAAAUGAUAGUUAUUUAUUAAAAGGACCUUCAAGCAAAUAUUAAAAUACUAUUCAAAUGCAAAAUGAUAUGAGCCACUUAUCCCUGCCAAUAAAAUAUAUAACACUGUAUUCAAUGGAAAGAACAGAAGA